CACAGAUACCUUUUAGCUUUUGGGUCUCUUUUACGGUUUAUGGAUAUGAAUCAUUACUUUUGGAUCGUUUGAGAGAGGGGUUGUUUUUUUAGAUAGCGCGGUCUUAAUGUUAUAUUUACGUACCGUUACUAUAUCCAAUUGGUAAAGAGCAUAGUAGGAGCGUUUAUUUUGAUAGGAUCACAUAGGCUACUCAGCCACAACGAUGGAGGGGACUCAAAUAUGUUCAAGAACGUCCAAAAUGGAUCGACUGAACGAAAGAGUGUCCAAGUUGCUGACAGUAGCGGUGAACGAAGUUCUUGAACUUGUGCGCGAGACUGUGUCGGAAUACCAGGAGAAAACCUCACGAACGCAGAGGGAGAACGACAGACUCAGGAAGAGGAUUCGCAACUCACUACAUCGCAAUAGAGAUGCAGGACAGUGUGCACAGCUGAGCCCGUCCAUGGACUGUGCCUCCCCUGAGGAGCAGCAGCAGCAGCAGGAUUGUGAGUCAGCAUCAGCAUCAGCAUCAGCAUCAGACGUCACCAAGGACGACGUGGACCCCGCCAAAGCCGACGCCAGUGCGAGGGAGAGGAACGGGGAGGUCCACCAUGAUGGGGCAGAACAGAAUCAUUCACCACAGCGGACGCUCUCAGAGACGGCCAGGCAGGAGCACGCACCACAACACACGCUCAUCAAACUUGAACAGAAACACUCGCCGCAGACGCCAGUGAACUCUGACCCCGGGGUGGGCCUGAUGAUGAGUGCUGGGGAUGGGGAGACCUGUAAACGUGGUUCUGCUCUCACCGGCGCCAACCGUUCCGUCUGUGUGGCCAGUAGGACGCACACCAGGAGGUCAAACAGCACAGGGGUGACCACACACAGCACAGGGUUGACCACAAACAGCACAGGGUUGACCUCACACAGCCCAUCAGGCAGCAUCCAGAUCUCAAACAUAUAUUCUCUACGGCAGAGCAACAGCUGUGCAGAUCGGAGCGCAACCCUGUCACCUCGGCCCACUCAGGAGGGCUUCAUCAAGACAGAACCAGCGAGCAAAGCCAUUACAAACCACAAGGAGGCGCAACAUUGCAGCUUUAGCCUCUCUGAGGACCUGCACUCACUGCAUAGCAGCAUAUCCUCUGAUGCCCCUUCUUUACACUUGAACAACCUCAAAGCUCAGGUCACACUAGCCACUUCCCCUGAUCACCACCAGGGUGUGCUAGAAGAUGACUUCGGCCUGAUGGUCGACCUGAGCUCCACCCAGUCACAACUAUCUACCUCCCAGUCACACAGCAGUUUCCCCUUCACCUCCAGCGACAGCCGGUUCCAGUUCCCCGUUCUACAGCAGCAGGUUCCCGGUGCCGACGUCUGGAUAGACGGUUCUCCGAGGGCCGCUCCUGGCACCUCCCCCGCCGAGAGUUACGUGUGCGGCGUGUGCGGCGAGACCUACGGCAACCUGGUGGAGCUGCGCGUGCACGAACGCGGCCACCCGGGCUCCAAGCAGCACGUGUGCACGCUGUGCGGACGCUCGUUCGGCGGCUCGGGCGACCUGAACAAGCACCUGCGCGUGCACACGGGCGAGAAGCCGUACCACUGCGGCUACUGCGGCAAGAGCUUCCGCCGCGCCGACCACCUGCGCACGCACGUGCGCGUCCACACCGGAGAGAAGCCGUACGUGUGCGCCGUCUGCGGCCAGAGGUUCACCGUCAACAGCUCGCUGCAGAAACACAAGCUCACGCACACUGGGGAGAAGCCGUGCGAGUGCCGCGCGUGCGGGAAGAUGUUCAGACUCUCGUCUCAGCUGAAGAGACACGAACUCACACACCACCGCCGGCACUUCAGUGUUCGGUGAGGAUGCAUAGCAAGCUGAAGAAUGAAAGAAUGACAAUUAAAAACAAAAACAAUAACAUAUUGUGAAGCCACUCAGCCACUAUUGUGCAAGAUUGGGCCACCUGCUGGUGACAGACUCUCAUAACUCUCCAAAUCAAAACCUGUGUUCGCAACGGCCACUCCUUCACUGCAUACACUUGUUUUAAGCUAAUUUUGUUGCCAGAGUGUUAAGCAUAUUUGUCUUCAUAACAUGUCUUGAAAUAAGUCAAACUCUUAUUAGAUUAAGUCAAAAUGAUCUUAUAGUCAGGGGGCCAAUUCUGAAAAGGGCUUCCGUUAAGACUUUUGCGGACAUGUUUUGGUACAAGCGGUCAACCUAUUUUUUUAGUUAGAAGACACCCAUAGGUAAGAUAUUAUGGUGGUUGUCAAGCAAAAUUUUUUUUUUUUUGACU